AAGAAGUGUCUGUGAGUUUACUUCAGAGUUACUAGUCUUUGGUGUACUUGAUAUGAAUCCAUUUCUUAAAGCUUUGUUGAUGGUCUGCGUGGCGGCAGCACUGGUAUCGCUAAAUGCAGCUUCAGCUUUAAAAAUUUCCCCCUGUCCCGACCUAUUUCAGUAUGUCGAUGGUGGAGAUGAACCACAACAAUGGCAGGGAAUGCUAAAAUUCUCAAGCGAUCACGCAUUACAAGGACUAUGGAUCCGGGUCAAAUUUGAUGCAACCGUCAAAGAAUUAAUUCUACAAGAUCAAUUUGGAGAAGUAGUGUCAAGAUCACCAAAAAACGAUGAGUUCCUGAUUAAAAAUCCCACUUAUCUAUUAAAGCCCAAAGCUUCACUAACCAUUAAAAUAACGGUUAAAUAUGAUGGCAAUAAAGUUCCCAGUCUAAUUGGUUAUCGAUUAAAUGGUCAAACAGUAUGUCCAGAACAACUCGGGGAUCUCUCCGAUGUUUUCCAAAAUGACCUAAACGACAAAGAAUUCCUGAACGAAGUUCUAUUCACCAAACCCAUUGCAUCUAUACCAAAAUACGAAUGUGGCUUGUCGUCGUCAAAAGCGGAAUAUCCAUGGACAGCGUCAAUCCAAUACAAAGAAAGCAACGAGAAAUCUCGUUACCUGUGCCAGGCCACGUUAAUCACACCUAAGCACGUCAUUACCGCUGCUCAUUGCGUGACGUACCGCGAAAGUGCAGGGCGAUUGUCACCCGGCCUAUUGAGCGUAUCAUUCGAACAAUCUAAGCCCAGACAGGAAUCGGGCGUGGUUGGCAUUAACGUGCAUCCUGGCUAUAAAUUUACAAACCUUUUAAACGAUGUCGCGAUCGUCGAGCUAAGUGCACCUGUUGCCAUCGACGAUUUCGUACGGCCAAUUUGCCUUGGUGAGUCGCUUGACGUCGCAAAAAAUGUGGUAGUCGGAUAUACCUUGGAUAAAGUAAUCCCAAACGAGAUUAAAUCUUCGGAUCUCAAGGAAAUUAGCGCCGUUGAAUGCGAAAAGAGGCUGAGACAAUGGAGUCCUCUUAUUGGCGAUAACAGCUUAUGUGCUACCUAUAAAUCAGAUGAAUCGAACUGUGUAGGAGAUUCGGGAAGCGGUGUGGCCUCUUUGCAGAACGCUCAAGAGCAACAGCAGCAGCAGAAACCUAUUUGGCGCUUGAAAGGCGUCGUAAGCCUGGGAGUUGCACUUCAAAAUAAAUAUGUAUGCAACGAGUCCGCUACUGUACUUUUAACCGACAUUUCCAGAUACUUGAGAUGGAUUCGAGCCACAACAUUUUAAGCUUAGGCGUUUUAAUUUGAGAUUCCUUACGUUUCAAGUAUUACGUACUUAAACUAUACUUUAGAUAUUAUAUUUUUAGGAUUAAAAUUCCCUGCUUUUAAUGCUUCGUUUUAUUUUAUGUUUUAAAGUAGAAAUUC